AUGUCUCUCACCUGGCGCAUCUCCGUCAACGGCGAGGCCGAUACCCCUGAAGAUUACCUUUCAACCGCCCUGGGUGUCAUCUUCCCCGACGACAUUACAAACCAACAUGGCGACGCUGAACACAAUCUCUCUUAUGCCUCGCCUCAUCUUCCCAAGCCUCUUGUUAUCGAUCUUGCCGACCCUGUAAAGGAGGAUGACCGCAAGUUGUUCUCACACUACCUUUGGAACGCUUCUCUUCUGCUUGCCGAGUUUAUCGAAGCCGACUCAUUGAACAUCCCGCUAGAGAAGCCUCGCGAGGCCCAGGACAGCAUAUCGUUCGAUGUAAAGGGACUUGAAAUUAUAGAACUCGGAGCUGGAACCGCGUUGCCGAGUAUUAUGGGAGGUCUUCUGGGCGCAAAACGUGUCGUCGUUACGGAUUACCCAGCUGAGCCUGUCCUCAAAACCCUUCGCACAAAUGUCGAGCGCAACAUCCAACCCUCAUUCUCACCCGCCUCUGCCGAAACAACCCCUUCUUCUGGGGUAUCCGUCCACGGUCACUCCUGGGGUGAGCUCGAUGACCCCUUGAGCGUUUCAGGUAAGCACUCUUUCGACCGCAUCAUUGCUGCCGAUUGCCUAUGGAUGCCAUGGCAGCACGCCAACUUGCACCGAUCCAUCUCCCACUUCCUUAAGCGUACACCCGAAGCCCGAUGCUGGGUCGUCGCAGGUUUCCACACGGGCCGACAGAAGAUGAGCGGAUUUUACGAUGCGGCGGCUCUCAAGGAGGUCGGACUCGAGGUCGAGAGAAUGUGGGAGAGGGACUGCAAUGGUGAGGAGAGACCGUGGGAUAUUGAGCGAGACGACGAUAUUACGGUUCGAAAGAGGUGGCUCGUCGUCGCUUCGUUGAAGUGGAUCUCGACAUAGUGAAUUUGUUAUCACUUGCCGUUAAAAGUCAAGGAGCUCCUCUGAUCAGACGGGGAGAGAAGAGUCUUUAUAGACCACAACGAUUUCACCCAACCACUCAUAGCUGUAUGGUAUCGUGGCGAAGCAAGACACUUGUUCCUAGUUCCGUCCUCGAUAAUCCACUGAUUGGCUCUGUUCUUCGGGCGGUCUGUAUACCGCCCGCAAGACGAGGCGGAGUAACGCCUUCACGAGGGGGCGUAAGAUUGUACAAAGAUAGACGCCAUCGGAGUUGGGAAUAACACCCGGAGAUACUGAAUGUUGGCGAAAAGGGCUUCAUGAGAUAGAUGAGAGCGAUUCUCAAGCAUUGUAGAACAAAGGCAGGCGUUUGAUGUCACAAGAUGGAAAAUAGAUAGGUAGUCCUUGAAUUACUUUAUAUGUAUUCUUAGUAGAUAA